UGAGACACACAAGAGGAAGGAAGAUAGGCAUGAAACAGAAAGAGAGUUCAGUCUUACAGUAUUCCUUCGUUUUGCAACAAGUCACAAGACGGCGGUGGACCUUCAAGGAGGAUUACAGGCACUUUCUUAAACAUGACUCUGGAAACAUCUUUAAUCUCACUAUUUGCUUUCAUGCUCACAUGCACAGUGGACACGUGCCAGAUCGACAUCCGCCAGCAAGGCUGGGUGUCCAAGUGGAGUGGAAGUCCUGAGGCCGUGCUUCACUGCGAGGUCAACUCCACCAGCGACUGCGCAGAUAAUCUCAAGUUGAGGUUCGUCUGGUUCAAGUUUGAGGCCAAUAGCAACAGGACUCUUCAGUCUAAUGGAAAGUAUGCCCAAAAUGCAAGAGAGAUGCUCAUCAGGAACGUUACCAUGAAUGACAGUGGGGUGUACUACUGCGGCGUCAUAGUCAAGGACUUCACCCGCCCUGGGGGCCGUUAUGUUGGCGGGGGAACCCUGCUGGUGGUGAGAGAGUACAGCCAUGUGAAGCAUGCCUUGGUGUGGACGUUGUUCGUCGUUCUGGCUCUGUAUAGCCUGGCCCUGCUGGUCCUGCUUAUCCUAAAGAAGAUGCAGAGGAAAACGGCCCCUUUCACUGGCAGAGAGCAUGGCAGCAGUGGGAAGGACGGCCCCAUUCGAUCAGCCCAGUUCCAAAAUGUGGUGCGAGAGCUAUACAGCAAGAGGAACUUGCAAAAGCACAUGAAGAAACACAGCCUGACCCCAGUUCAGCCAAAGGACGAGAUGACCUGCUCCGAUUCAGUGGACGAGACUGUGUACCAGAACAUGUGAGCACAGAACGCCUGGCCUGGAGUGGAAUAAUGGGAAACAGGAGGAACCUGGGAAAUUGUAGACACCACGGAUCCUUAAUAUGGAAACGCAGCAGCGGUGAGGCAGAGACAGGCUCAUAAUAUCCAACUAACCCAACAGACUGCUUCACUGGGCAAGUCCACUUUCAGUCGGUGAUCUGCGAUUCCUCCAGACCUCCGAGAUCCACUUAGGAUGUUAAGAUCCUGUCAGGUUAACUUCUAGUAUCUCUACUUUGGACUCGGGGGUAGUCUUCGGAUGGGGGGAGGGGUGAUCACCAGCGUAAUGAGUAUAUGGUCUGUUAGAACUGGUUAUGUACUCUCUGUCAAAUGACUAUCAAAACAACAAAGAUAUACAUUCAGUGAUGCGUAAACUUGCAGCAAGUAGUAAAACAAUUAAAUGUUUAUUUUUUCUAUAAUAAAUUCUAUUCAAAUA